GGGAUGAGACACAAACGCUACGCUAUCAACCCUCUGGGACACAAGUGGACUCAUCACAACAUCACAUACAGGAUCGUAAAGUUUCCAAACACUCUGAAUGUUGAAGACACCAGGAAGGCCAUCAGCAUCGCCUUCACAAAGUGGAGCGACGUGUCUCCGCUGGCCUUCACUGAAGUUACCGACGGCAAUGCUACGGUUGACAUCACCAUUGGUUUCUACACCUUCAACCACACCGACUGCUGGUGGUCUCCUCUCCACCCGUGUUUCGACGGUCUGAACGGCGAGCUGGCUCACGCCUUCCUUCCACCGCGAGGGGAAAUCCACUUUGACAACCACGAGUUCUGGAUCCUCGGCAAGUCCAGGUUCAGCUGGAAACAAGGUGUGUGGCUGAAUGACCUGGUGCAGGUAGCAGCUCAUGAGAUCGGUCACGCUCUCGGUCUGUGGCACUCUCGAGACCCUCAGGCUCUGAUGCAUCCCAACGCUACCUAUACCGGCCAGAGGAACAUCGCACAGGACGAUGUGUGGGGCAUCCAGAGACUCUACGGAUGUUUGGAUAAGAAGCGCGUCUGUGAUCCGUGGGCUCGACUUGGCUUCUGCGAGCGGAGGAAGACUUUCAUGAAGAAGAACUGUCCUCAGCGCUGUGACCUCUGCUACGAGCCCCUGGAAGCGGUUUCCACGCCAACACCACCUCCAGCCAACGUCAAGAUCAAGAUGGUUCCCCGGGGGAAGGUGGUGGGUUUCCGCUGUGGAACCAAAAACCCUCGUUCACCUCCCAAAGUCAGCUGGUAUAAAGAUGGCGAGCAGAUCCUGAAUUCCAUCCCCGGAUACAUCGUCAUGAAGGACAGAGACCUCCGCAUCGUCGCCAACGAGUUCAACGAGGGCGUUUACACCUGCCGCAUCCAUCGCCGUGGCGACAUCGUUUCUGCCAACUCCUGGGCCAUCCGACUGAAACCAGAGCAGCCGUCCAACAGCUGAGGACACGGACAGGAAAAGAA